AUGGCUGAACUUCUGAAAGGCGAAUCCGAGCUCCCGUCUGCUCUUGCGGAUUCCCACACCCCUAGCUCAAUCUCGCAGCUCAGUGAGAAGCAUGACAGCUCCUCUGAGGAGGUGGAGAAGGAGGGAGAGAGAACCAUCACCGGGUUCAAGUGGAUUCUGGUUGUGACCGCUAUAUUGUCUAGCCAUAUGCUUUUUGCCCUCGACAACACCAUUGUGGCUAACAUCCAACCGGCUAUUCUUUUGCAGUUCGACCAGGCUGAUCAAAUUUCGUGGCUCUCCGUUGGAUUCACUCUCUGCUCAUCUGCUUUGUGCCUUCCUUGGUCUAAGGCCUACGCAACUUAUAAUGCCAAAUGGCUGUACAUCGGGUGCGUCAUCCUAUUCAUGGGAGGUUCCGCUUUGUGUGGAGCUGCUCCGAAUAUGAAUGCUAUGAUCGUUGGUAGAGCCAUAGCUGGCGCUGGAGGAAGUGGUAUGUAUUUUGGAGUCUUGACGCAACUGUCCGUCAAUACGACCGUAUCCGAGCGUCCAUUUUACAUCGGAUUGACCGCCGUCUCAUGGGGUAUUGGAACGGUCACUGGUCCGGCUAUUGGUGGAGCAUUUGCCGAGAGCUCUGCCACUUGGCGUUGGGCUUUUUACAUCAACCUUGUCAUAGGUGCAGCAUUUUCUCCAGUAUAUGUCUUCCUCCUCCCUUCAUUCGAGCCCCUUCCGAAUGCCACCUCCAAGGAGAAGGCAAAGAACAUCGACUGGGUCGGCAUCAUCCUUUUCAUUGGUGCCCUAGCAACUUUAAUUAUGGGCAUUGACUUUGGAGGGGUAGAAUGGUCGUGGGGCAGCGGCCAGUCAAUUGCGCUCUUUGUGGUAUCUGGUGUGCUCUUCAUACUAUUCGGGGUACAGCAGACUUUCUACAUCCUCUGCAAUGAAGAGAACAGACUCUUCCCAAUCCACUUUCUUAAGAGACGCUCUUUGCUGCUGCUAUUCAUUCUCAACACGUGUGCCAGCAGUGGACUGUUUAUCUCAGUUUACUACAUCCCAUUAUAUUUCCAGUUUACUCAGGGUGAUACCGCCGUCGACGCAUCGUUACGUCUUUUGCCUUUCGUGAUGGUUCUGAUUUUCAUCAUUAUUGCCAACGGCCAUAUGAUGUCCAGAUUUGGUUACUACCUCCCGUGGUACCUUUUUGGCUCAGCUUGUGAGCUUGUCGCCGCCGCCUUGAUGUAUCUCGUCAAGGCGGAUACUUCCGCUAGUGCAAUCUAUGGAUACACGUCUCUCAUGGCCUUGGGUGUUGGUGCCUUCAACCAGGCAGGCUACAGUGUGGUCCAGGCCAAGGUGAAGAAGACUGAGAUUCCAUGGGCCCUCGGCUUCAUGAUGGUUUCCCAACUGGGAGGCAUUGUUUUGGCCUUGGGCAUGGCAGGUGCUAUAUUUGUUAACAAGGCAACAAAUGAGCUUCUGCAGUUGCUCCCGGAUGCCAACCCUACCGAUGUCAAGAACACCAUCACGGGAACAACUAGCGGAUUCUUCAAUACCCUGACAAAGGCCCAGCAGACGGCAGCCCUUGAUAUCAUCGUUCGGGCUAUCGAUGAUGUCUAUAUUCUUUUGAUCGUUGCCGGUGCACUGGGUGUUCUUCUGUCUGUCUUCCUCAAGCGCGAAAAAUUGUUCAUGGAAGCAGCGGCCGGUGGUGCUUAG